UCCAUUACAAACUUAGAAAAAAAGCUUCAAACUCAUAUAUUUAUAUAUGACUAAUAAAUGUAUAGAGGCUUUGGAUUUGGAUCAUUCAAGCUCUUGUUUCGAAAGACAAAUUUUUUCAUGAUGCCUAUUACGUCAAAUUCGUCAGGGUCUUACAAACUACAGAGUUUGGUUACAGUGCUUUAUCGUUAUCGGCUUUUCACUCCCAAUCUGUCUCAGCCUCAGCAGCAACACCAACUCCACCACCGUGAUGCCUGGUUGUCGAAAUUCAGUUAUGGGUAUCGUUCUAUGCAUCAUGGUUCGAGGCCAAUGAUCACUGCCACCGAUAGUCAAAUCAGCAGCACACCGGCUACCACUGAUAUGGUAACAAAGCAUGAAAACAACAAUGUUCAACCAUCAGUGCCACCUCCUCCUAGUAAACCCAGCUUCCCAACCUGGGUAAAAUGGCUUUUGGGUUCUAUAUUGACUUUAGUAUUGCCUUUCUGGAAGCAAAAAUGGGAAAAGUUACUAUUGUUAGAAGGAGAGGUGGAAGCAGUUGUUGAAGAAGUUGAAAUUGUGGCAGAGGUAGUGGAAAAGGUCGCCACCACGGCGGAGAAGGUGUCGGCAGACAUGGCGGAGAAGCUUCCAGAUAAUGAAAUAUUGAAAGAAGCAGCUCUCUUUGUAGAAAAGGUAUCCACUGCCACUGCCAAGGAUGCUGAACUGACCAAAAAUUUUAUUCACAAGGUUGAGGAAUUGAAGGAUGACUUGACAGACUUGGAAACAAUGGUUGAGCCUGUUAUUGAUAAGAUCAUACAAAGCAAAGGAACAUAGUGCCAAAUAGUACAUAAAUUAAUUUCUCUAUACAUUCAUUCCUUAUAAUACUUGUAAUUUUCCCUCAUCAAAUAAGAUACUGUAUUGAAAGACAAAAUCUUAACUUGCUUUUUUUUUUUAAACAAUUAAUUUGUGCAUUUCUGAUCAUUUGUAGUUCAUAAAAAUGUUUAUAAAUACAGCUUAUAAGUUGGCAUAUUUUUUGGGCU